AUGUUUGUCGUGACGGUGCAGUUCUGCGCGGAGGGCCAGCGAUGGCAGCGCGACUUCGAGAUAGAGGCAGAUGCGACGAUUCGUGCGCUCAAGGAGUCCAUGCUGAAUCCUAACGGUGACGAGGAGGACAUUGACGCCUUCGAGCUGCGGAUGCGUGGACGCCGGGUACCGGACUUCGAGAAGGUCUGGCAGGAUUGCACUCUGGACUUUGAGUACCUUGGGGCAUUGGAGGGUGCACGAAAGGCGCGGCUGGACCGGCAGGAUGAAGCGAGAUGGGACGUGCUCCAGCUGCCACAGCAGGAGCCACCCGAGCGCAUCCGCCCCCGGUCAGUGCCGGCAGCGAAGAAGAGCGACAGCUCCAUUGCACGCAGCGAAGCAUCUGACGAGUUUUUCCGACCCACGCCGGCACCGCGUCCGGCGGGAGCUGCACGCAAGGGGCCGCCAGCACCUCCAGUGAAGCGCUGGGAAGUGGUGGGUGGCUCCGACAAGGGAGGCAUCUUGGUGCGGGAAGGCCAGUCAACCACCUCCAAGCAGCUCGCAGACCGCUUGUCCACAGGUGCUCUGGUCGAGGAGCUCGAUCUGCGAGGAGAGCGGCUCCAAUUCAAGAGGCUAACCGGCACCGGCCCCGAGACAGGCUGGGUCAGCCUCAGUGUCUCCGGCAAGGAAUUGGUACGCCCGAAGCACGCUUCAGCGGAGGAGAUGCUGACGCUGGAUUGUGCGCUCUCGCUUCAAGAGGAGCUCAUGGAGGGUUUCGGCAAGCCAGAAUUCCAGCGGACACUGGCACAGCUCGUUCGUGCGCAUCCGACAAAGGCCGGCGCUGAAUUCUUGAGGAAGCGCACAGAGCUCUUCCUCUCCGUGCAGAGCGUUGUUCUCCCGAGGUACGGCUUCGAGGGCUCGCCGAAGGGCGUGGUUCAGAUGAUGGCGGCCUAUGCACCUCACGGUCACUGUCCAGAAGUGGGCUGGAACAACGAUCAGCUGAAUAAGAUGCAAGCGGCCCAGAUUGCGAACGACAGCAUGGUGGAGCCACUGCCCGAUGCAGCAUUCGUGUUGGACGAUGGGGAUGACGUUGUGCUAAAGAAGGCGUCAGAGCUGGAUAUCAUCGAUCGACUUGCCCUGGCAUGGGUCAGGUUCAUGGGCAGCAUGUCUGAUGCAAAGCUCGCGCAAGCGGCACUUAUCGCAGCAGCCCUGAUACUGCCUCUGCUCGUGGCCUUGAUUCCGCUUUGGGUGCUACUGUUGUGGGAGAAGAACGUUUUGAUGGUCGAGUCUCGCGGUCCACCUCGACACCAGUCAGGAGCUGGGAGCAGGGACCUGACCUUCAGUGUCGCAGAGGAGGGAGUAUCUCCGAUGCUCCUGAUGUACACCUUCGCCGGUCGCCGACUUUGCCGUGCCGAGCACCCGGCCCUUCAGGACGACAACUUUCGCUCUGUCUGGCCACUAUGCCAGUGCCGCGGCAUAGGCCCGCGGAUCGAGGCUCUCAGUGGUGCCGUUUCUUCAUGUGAUAUUUUAGACGAUGCGGCAUCGCAGCGGGUGCAUGCUCAAACGUUCCCCCACCUUCCUUGCUUGACACUGCGUGCCUUUCACUACGCUGAUUUCAUGGCCUACGGAUGGGACAGCCAGUGGGGCAAGGGUGGCUACGACCAGUGGGGCAAGGGCAGCUAUGACCGCUGGGGCAAGGGCAGCUAUAGCCAGUGGGCUGGCAUGCCGCCCUAUAUGGGAGGCCACUGGGGCAUGGGCUACGACAUGGAUCCGAUGGCUAUGGCUAUGACCAAAGGCCUCGGCAAGGGCCCAGGCUAUUCCCAGCUCUCCAGAGGGAAGGCUUGUGUUGAGUAUGCCUCCGCCGAGGAUGCGACGAAGGCCAUCACGUCGCUGCACGGCACGACGCUGGAUGGGCGUCAGAUCAAGGUUACGGAAUGGGUCGGUGGCCAGUCGCCGCUGUCUAAGCGAGGUGAUGACAAGUGUAAAGUCUACGUCGCCAACUUGAACUGGAAGACCCAGGGGUGGAAGCUGAAAGAGCAUGCUGCAACUGCCGGAACGGUGGUCUAUGCCAAAGUCAUCAUGGACAAGGAUCCCAACGUGGACAUGUUGAGCAAAGGCUAUGGCAAGGGCUGGGGCAGCGGCUAUUGGUGA